UCUUCCUUUCUUGAAGAAAAGCCGACAGGGUGGAGAAAGGAGACUAGUAUUUCAACUUUAUCCUUAAUUUGUUGAUGUUUCAAAAGCCAAGUCAAUCUACAAUCUGCCUAAAACAAGGAAAUCACCAAGAGAUUAGUAAAAUUUCAAUUUGGUAAUGAAAACCAUCACCAAGGAAAUCCCAGAAAAUAUAUUACAAACCCCAUCAGAGAUUUUUCAACGAAAUAACAAGGUGAAUCAAAUGAAAACCUCUCUUGUACAAAUUCAGAAUUUGAGAGUCAAUUAAGGAAGGAAGCACCUUUUCUAGAUCAACUUAGGAGUAACCAUGAGUUCUGUCGGCAAUCUCAUACUUGUCGCUGUGUUCUCCCUAAUCGCUCUGGUGAUGCUAUUCACGAUUCUCCAAAUCCAUUUUAGGAACCAAGAAAGAAGACGCCAGGCUUCCCCACAUGGGAGAACAACUCCAGUUGCAGAGGAUGAAAUACUUUCCAUUGAGCCAACACCAAUGAAAGCUCUCGAUCCAUUGGUGGUGGCCUCAUUACCAAAGUUCAUGUACAAACCAACUGACCAGCUUGAUCAUGGUGAUGUCAUAGAGUGCUCAGUUUGCUUGAGCACCAUUGUGGAGGAAGCCAUGGUUAAGCUUCUACCAAAUUGUAAACACACGUUUCAUGUGGAGUGCAUUGAUAUGUGGCUUAACUCAAACACAACUUGCCCAAUAUGCCGCACCCUGGCUGAGCCUAUGGUCAAGCCAGAGGAUAGUACUUUGUGCACUGUGGUUCAACCCUUAGAUCCACCUAUUGAAGAUAGUACGGCACAUGGUACAAGAUUAAGCUCUUUUCAGAGGAUGCUUAGUAGGGAGAGAUCGUCGAGGGGGAUUCAGAGUUGUGGAGAUGAAGGAGGUCCAGAAGAUCUAGAAAGACAGUAGUGAUUACAUUGAAAGUAUGUAUUGUUGCAUUUAGUUUUCUACCGUAGAGUGAUACACAUUAAAUAUUGAUUGAAUUUGCAAUAAAAAGAUUUACUUUCUUAAAAAGAUUUCACCGCAAUCAGAUUAUGAAGUUAAGUUUCGUACCAAAAUGAAAUUGUCUCACUGAUUUCGAAAUGUAGAUGCAUGCUGAAUUACUGCUUUUAUUUUUUUUCAUAAUUAUUUUUUAUCAAGUUUUACAUAUCUAGUGAUCAAUUAUAUACAGAAGCGAGUUUACUA